CCGUAGACGAGUUUACUGACCGCCGCUGUGAAUUCGAGGUCCGUCAUCGCGAAGUACGUGCGCAGUUAAGUGUAAGCUUCUGAACUGAAUUUAAUUGAUUGUGCUUGAUUUGCGUUACUGUUUCAAGAUGGCUGUCAACAUCCAGGCGGCCGUGGCCAGGAAUGUCUUGGAGGUAUCCAAAGUGAUUGAAGAGCAAAUAGAUGCGGAGAUUGAGAAACUCGACAAAAUGGCCGAUGAGGACCUUGAAGGUCUGCGCCAGAAGCGCCUGGACGCCAUGAAGAAGUACGAGAAGAAGAAGCGUGAGUGGCUCGAGAAGGGCCACGGCGAGUACACAGAGCUGACAUCUGAGCCCGAGUUCUUUGAGGCAUGCAAGGGCAGCGAGGACGUGGUGGUCCACUUCUUUCGCGAAAGCACCUUCCGGUGCAAGAUUGUCGACAAGCACCUGGCCAUCCUUGCUAAGAAACACGUCGAGACACGGUUCUGCAAAAUCAGUGUUGACAGGGCUCCAUUCCUGUGUGAACGCAUGAAGAUUCGGGUGCUCCCCACUAUUGUGCUUUUCAAGGACUUCAAGUCAAAGGACUUCAUUGUUGGCUUUGAUGACCUUGGCGGUGUCGACGACUUCAGCACCGAGAUGCUGGAGUGGCGCAUCGCCCGUGCCCGCGUCAUCAGAUAUUCUGGGGACCUGAGCAUUCCCCCAACAGAGGCCACAAAGGAACGCAGGCCAAUGCUUACUGUCGAGCGGAAGACUAUCCGCGGAACGGCCGGAGACAACAGUGAUGAUGAUGACUGACGCAUUCACAAUGGUCCUUGACAUAUGAAAGAAAACGUGGGCUGGGCUCAUGGUAUUGUAUGUCAGGCUUUCUUGUGCAUUACAUUAUUUAUGUAAAUUUCACAAGAGCAAGGGUUGCCUGAGGGGCAACAGCAGUUUCAAGCAUUUUUUUAAUCUAGUUUGUAUUUAUAAUUUCUGCUCGGAUGAGCCCUUCGUCUCACGUAGUCAACUGUUAUUAACUCGGGAACUUUCUCAGAAGCACCGUGUCUUGCUAAUUGCAAUUUACAUUGAAGCGUGUUCGGGAUACCGUAUCGCACUGCAGAAUAGUGACGCGUUAGCCAUUUCUCAUAUAGACCGAAGUCAUGACGAUGUGUGGGAAUUUGACCUCGCUUUGUAUUUUUGUAGCAGAACAUAUGCAUCAUGGUUGAUGUUAAUCUUCAUGAUCGCAAACUUCACUGCACCAUGCUACUCACAUGCAUCCUUACAAUGAGUCAGUUUAGCUUCUUGCAUCAUAGUGAGUCUAUGUUACGGCGCAUCAGCACGCAGAACUUAGGCAGCAGAAAACUUAGUGAGAUUGUUAUUUUAAUGAACAAAUUAAAAUUUUUGUGCAGUUUCCUGCCUUAUGCCAUCUCAGAAUAGUCUGUGAAACUGUUGUUAAUUGUAGUCUGAACAAUAAAUGGUUAAAUGAUUAACAAGUUUUUGCUGCAACAAAAGCCCUUGUUACAAAUUUUACCAUGCCCUCCCAGCACUGCAUCAUGCUUCAGUUGUGGUGUUUAUAACAUUUGGUGUCCAACCAAAGUGAUGAUUAUAGAUUGAUAUGACUUAACCACUUGAUAAGGAAGUUGCAUCCUACGCAAGAAUACCAUUGUUAUGUUCAAUAUUCAUUAGGCCUACAAUAACAAUACAGUCGAACCCACUUGGUCCCAGAUAUAACGAUUAAUCGGUUAUAGCGACCACAUUUCACUACAUUUACGAUUUUCCGACCCUGCCUAUUAAAACUGCGCCCAGAUAUAACAAACAUUUUACACAGUGGUUUACUGUUACAACAAACACUUCGAAACGGUCAAGGUAAAAAGAGGGCACAGGCAAAGUUCCAAAGCGCGGAAUCGUGGCUGAAGUGGCUGCGUGGCACCACGUGCAGUCUUGGAGGUCACGAUAGCGACACUCAUGUUUAGAGUAUUGUAUUGGUUAAAAAAUAUCUCAUGGCUAUGCUAAAGAAAUGCAAGUGUGAUGUCUCCGAUGAGCUGGAAAACAUGUUCCUGUAGAUUUUGAUGGCCUGUUCGUGCCUUGCUGUACCAAUAUGUGGCAUGUGGAUGAUGCUAAAUUAUGUGGACCGGUAAUAUGGAACUGUGUGAUCGGCGGGCUCAUGCACGAUUGGCAUGUUGCCUUGUCAGCUGUGGGCCAACCAUGCGAAGCCAAAUCAUUUGACAAAAUUCACAUGGACAUCCACAACAUGCCAUUUGAAGUUGCUCUUGCUGAGUAUUUGUCAUUUUGCUACCAGAAUGCAUAUUUUAAUCUGCUGAGUGAACGAAAACUCGUUUUACUGUAACCGAUGUCUCGGAUCUUGGGUUUCAACCAAAUUUCACAUUUGCUUUGUUAUAUCUGUGUUCAUUAUAUCAAGGUUCGACUACAUAUCCUGCUGAUAUCUGCGACGAAUAAUUGACAGUUACGUGAUGUGUCACAACGGAUAGCUAUGUGAAAAUUCUUGAGUGAACUUCCUGUGAUGUUCUUAUAUGAAUGUUAUCUUGUGCUGCAUACAAGCAGAUGGCAGCAUACCAUUACCGUCAUCUGCUUAUCUCGCUAUCUGUUUCCACAGCGUUGUCGCACUUUCUUUGUAAUUGGGCGACUUAGUUUUACAAUGUGAAUGUGCUUCUCUGGUUGUUCUUUCUGUUCCAAAAUAAAGCUGCCUUCAAAUGGGGCAUACUAUA